AUGGGUGCCUACAAAUACGUUGAAGAAUUGCACAGAAAGAAGCAGUCUGAUGUUAUGAGAUUCUUGUCAAGAGUCAGAUGCUGGGAAUACAGACAAAAGAAUGUUAUUCACAGAGCUUCGAGACCAACCAGGCCAGAAACCGCCAGAAAGUUGGGAUACAAGGCCAAGCAGGGAUUUGUUGUCUACAGAGUCAGAAUCAGAAGAGGUAACAGAAAGAGACCUGUCAGAAAGGGUGUUAACUACGGUAAGCCAACAACUCAGGGUAUUAAUGAGUUGAAGUACCAGAAGCCAAUGAGAGCUACUGCCGAGGAGAGAGUUGGAAGGAGAGUGAGUAACUUGAGAGUUCUUAACUCAUACUGGGUUAACCAGGAUUCUUCAUACAAGUACUUUGAGGUUAUUUGUGUUGAUCCAUUCCACAAGGCUAUCAGAAGAGACCCAAGAUACAACUGGAUCUGCAACCCUGUUCACAAGCACAGAGAACAGAGAGGUCUCACUUCCGCUGGAAAGAAGUACAGAGGUAUCAAGAAGGGCCAUUUGUACAACAAGACCAGAAAGGGUCAAUACCACAACUGGAAGGUUCACAACACUCUUUCUUUGUGGAGAUACAGACAUUAA